CAAAUUACCCAUGAUUCUCUAAAGAUAUCUCCACCAAUCAGAGAUUUGUGAUGUGCAAAUCAUGCCAAAAGAAUGCUUUAGUGCCCACCAACUCCCAUGAAGCACUGUGAAUGGUGUAUUAGUUAAUAAUAUACUUGUUUCUAAUUGCAGUAUAAUCAGAAUCUUUAAAUCAACAAUUAUUUAAUGUAUAUACCAUUUUUAAUUAGAUUUGUCUUCAUGGCAUUGUAGUUCUGUUCUUUAUUAAAGCUGUCAUGUACAGAGUCCUGUACCUUUUUUUCCCCCCAAAUACUUUUUUGCUUCAAAUUAAAGUUUGCGAUGAUUCACUGAAGCUGGCUGGUUUGGUUCAUGGGUUAUAACUCUUCCAUGAAGACUUUUUUUUUUUUAAAUCCCUGUGGUAUAUACUUGGUGUGUAGUGCAUUUCAAAAGUUUAUUUCGGUUAGGAUGCUGCCUGUGGCAGUACACAGCAGGGCAGCUCUCUAGGUUUUUAAACAGAGCUUCCCACUCACAUACGCUCCAGCCCCCUCCCCAUUUCUGGCUCUCUGUGAAGACCUUUUGUUAGUUGUCCGGGCAGUUCAGUCCUUGGUCCCGUGUCUUUGAUGACAGUGCUGUGACACACCACGCCGACUGGACCAUUAGAGCUGGCUGGCACAAAUUCUAUUGGUGGAUUACUUAAUUGCUGAUCUUAAUCUCUGUGGUGAUGAUAGAGAUGUUUUAGAGUCCAACAGAGUCCUUGUUUUAUUCACUAAGUGAAUGUAACCAGAAAUGUGCAUCCAGCUAGAUCUUCCACCACCUCACCUGACUCUUUUUUGCAUGUUCCUGUCAUAGUGCCGGAGCUCCAGUACCAUGACGACUGUGGCCAAAGCUUUCAUCGGGCUCUUCUGGCUCCCGCGGUUUGUGUGUGCGGUCUUCCCUGAGGAACCUGGACCUCUGAACUUUAUCCCCACUGAAGUGGUGAGAAGGUAUCCUGUGUUUCUCGGACGACCCCAUCACUCAUCUUUCAGACAGGAGCCCUUACACAUUCAGAGGAUCCUGCAGGUCAAUCGUACCCUUUACAUCGGAGCCAGAGAUGACCUUUUCCGAGUGGAGCUAGACAACGUGGUGGGAGAAGAGAUGUUUUACAGCAAGAAGAGGACAUGGGAAUCCAACAAAAAUGACAUCAGAAUCUGUAGAAUGAAGGGAAAACAUGAGGAUGAGUGCCGUAACUACAUGAAGGUUCUGCUCAGCCGGCAGGGCGGAUUGUUUAUCUGCGGAACCAAUGCCUUCAAUCCGUUAUGUGCCAAUUAUACAGGAGACACUCUUGAGAUGGUGGGGGAAACUGUCAGUGGGAUGGCUAGAUGCCCAUAUGAACCGAAACAUGCCAACGUGGCCCUGUUGCAG